CCGUCGAAGAAACAUUUACGGCGUUUGUCAAAUAUAAUUUUUGUUUUGGACUGCAUUUUUUCCAGUAGAAAAGAAAAAAUGAUCACAUUUCCCGGAAAAGUGCCCCAAAUCAUCCUUUGAGUGGUAGUGCGAGAGUCGCGGGUGGCAUUUAAUGCUCAGUCGGUGAAAAAUUUGCCGGGAGAGACAUUUUACUCGAGGCGCGGCUUCGUUCUUUGCAUUUUUAGAGGUUAGAGCAAGCACAAAAAAAUAUAUAAAUUGUGAAGCUUCCCCGGAAAGAAGAUGAAGAAGCGUUCAGGAGGUGGCGGUCUGACCACACAAACACUGCUGGAUUUCGAUCUGGGUGAAAGUUCCUCCGACAGUGACUUCCGCAUUGAGGAUCACGCGGAGGAGAGUGAUGAUUACUCGGAUGCCAGUGGCGAUGAUCAAGUUGCAGACAACAAUGAUAACGACGAUUCAGAGGACUCUGACGAGGAUGAGGAUACGGAGAAUGAGAGCUCAGAGAACAAGUAUGGAUUGAAAGAUCAAUCAGUUAGUCAUCUGUUGGGGCAAAUAAAGUCAAAGCAGGAGAAGAUUGACCCAAAGCUUCUGAGCACUCCAAUUUGUUGUGCUUGCCUCGGAGACCGCAGUGAUGAUGCCAAUGAGAUUGUUGAAUGCGACGGAUGCGGUGUAACCGUCCACGAAGGAUGCUAUGGCGUCAGUGAUACAGCAAGUCUCUCCAGUACGGUGUCCUCGUGCUCCACUGAGCCGUGGUUCUGCGAAGCCUGCAAAGCAGGUGCACAGGAUCCAAUUUGUGAGCUUUGCCCCAACAAGGGCGGUAUUUACAAGGAGACCGACGUUGGCAAGUGGGUUCAUCUCAUUUGUGCUCUCUACGUACCCGGCGUGGCAUUCGGAGAGGUGGAUCAACUAUCAUCGGUGACCCUCUUCGAAAUGCCCUACAGCAAAUGGGGCGCCAAGACAUGCUCAAUAUGCGAAGAUGCCCGAUACGCCCGAACAGGAGUCUGCAUUGGCUGUGACGCUGGCAUGUGUAAGACCUAUUUCCACGUAUCUUGUGCCCAAGGUGCGGGUCUUCUUUCUGAAGCUCACUCUGAGGAGGCAGAUCAUGCUGAUCCCUUUUAUGCUCACUGCAAAAUUCACUCCGAUAAGACACUCCUGAAGCACAGAAGACGAAACUUCCACGCUCUACGGCUGCGAAUGGAGCAGAGACGGCUUGAGAAUGAGCAAAAGAAGACGGAAAAACCCACUCCGGAACAACAGAGAAUCGAGAGAAAGCUGAAGAAGCACAAAAACAAGUAUAUUGCCAAUAAGGCCAUUAAAAUGGAGCCAUGGGUUCCCACGCAGAAGAUGCCACGAAUGCUGGUAACGAGUGCAUCCGCAUGUCGUAGAUUGAUUCUCAAAGCUCAACUAAUGGGCAUCGAUGCUGAAGCGUUGGAAUUUCAAGAAGCACAAAUGAUGGCAUUGGCAGAUGUGCGAAAAAAGUGGCACAUUGCACCUGCCUUCAGUGUUGAAUUCAUUGGGUACUAUUUGGAUAGAAUAACACGGCUGCGCGAUCUCAAAAUUAAUCUGCAGGAGCAAUUAGAAAAUAAUCGACGGCUACUGGAUGAGCAGAAGCAUCUACGUGAGAAGUACGAUCAAAUGAUGAAGCUGAGUGAGGAAUUAACCAAGUCGAAUACUCAUCUUAGGGAUAGCAUCACAAAAUUGCAUGGAAAUGUUACUAAACUCUGUCCUAAUAAGAAUUUUGUUGCCAUUGAGAAUAUCGGGAAGCCUGUGGCGAAUGUUGCUGCUGCUACACCGCCAGCUGGACGUCCAAUGUCCGUUCCCACAGCAGCCGCCCUCAAAAUGGGCGUUGGAUUCCCGCUGAUUAAUCUUCCGGGAACAAAGAAUGAUUCCGGAAAGAUUCUCAGUACGCAGCGGCAGAACAAUGAUGAACUUCUGCAUGAAUGUGGUAUCUGCAAGCGCUGCAAUGAUCAGCAUUUGCUGGCAAAGUGCGAUACAUGUCAUUUCUACUACCAUCUGGGAUGUCUCAAUCCACCCCUGACGCGUCAUCCGAAAAAGUGCAAACUCUACGGCUGGCAGUGUUCUGAGUGUGAUCGUUCAGAUGAUUCAGAUGCAGGAACAUCCCUGCCAAAGCGUCCGAGGAAAUCUCGGGCGAGGUAUACAAAAGACGGGAUUAUUUUGGAAGCACGAGAACCAGAAGAGAAUAAUGUGAAUGACAGGAAAACCCCAAAAAUCCCCGAGAGUGGGAUAAGUAUUGCCAAAAGAAUGUCAGGAGGUGAUCAAAAACUCGAAGAUAUUUCUCUGCCUGUGGUUCAAAUUGAAGAUAUCAUGAAGACUGUCCCAAGGAAGCGAGGGAGGAAGAAGAAAAUCCUGCCAUUGAACAAUACAUUUCCCCCAGUUUAUCCAAUUAUGGUUCAAAAUAACAUUUCCCCGCAGAUUGUUCAAAAUUCAACGGUACGUAAUCAAGUGGAUGCCACCGUCACCCCGGCCCUUUCACAGUCCCCAACGAAGGCACCAGAGGAUGCCCCAUCGUCCCCAGUAAAAGAGCUUUUGGGAGAGAAGCGUAAAGUGAAAAAGGAGAAACGCAAUCAUCUCACAAACGACACUGCGCAGUAUUUCAUAGAAAAUCCCCCUGAUGCGGGAAAGAAUAACAAUCAACAGAAUGCCGUGGAAAAGUCUGAAAAUCCUUCGAAUACAGAGAUCAAAUCAAGUGAAGUGGCUCAAAAUGCCACAGAAUCUCAAAUUGAGGGCAAUCAAGCCACCACCGCCGAUAAUGAUCUCAGUAAAUUCAACCACAAACAGAAUCGGAAGAAACGAAAGGAAAAGCACAAGAGUAAACAUUCGGAGCUUGAGCGCUUAGCCAAUAAGGAGUUGAAGAGGAAGCGCAAGAAAAAGUACAAUCUGGAAAAUAAUACGAGUGACACGGCUCCAAGUGCGAGUGAUCCUCAUCCGCCGAUUAAGAUCAAAUUAAAGGUCAUCCCACGCCCCGCAGGACAGGACAGUAGCGAUGCUCAGGUCUUCUAUGUACCCAGCAAUAGUGAUCCCGAACCCAUUUGUCGACCCAUGGAGAUUUGUCGUACCCCGCGUACCGCUACACCUGCCACGCCCGUUGAACUGCCAAAUCUAACAAGCACAAGUCGUCAAGAAAAGGAUAUUGAAGUAAAGGAUGUUAAGCAGGUAGAAUCUCAUCGGAAUACAUCACCGCGUUCACCGCAUUUUAGUCCAAAAUUGCAACGGAUCAACUCACCGCGACGCAAAAAGCAGCGAACUCUCUCCCUCAAUAUGUCUGCCGGGAGUGCAGAGACAAGCAGAAGUUCAUCAUCACAGGUCUGCGAUGUCUGUUGCCAACCGGGAACACCGCAGAAUUUAGUAAUUUGCGACGAAUGCCGCAAAAGCUACCAUUUUACAUGCUUAGAGCCGCCCCUGAAGAAGACACCAAAGCGUCGUGGCUACUCCUGGCACUGUGCGGAUUGUGAUCCAACUGAUAUUGAAACGAUAUAAGGAAUCGAUAGUAUUAACUUUUUUCUUUGAGCUUAAGAAUAAUUUAUUUUCAAGAGUGUUUUGUGCAUAAAAUGGAACGUUUAGGUAAAAGAAGAAAAAAAAAGACUUAAUUUUGAAGAUUUUUUUUUCAAUUUAUUAUUGAAUUUAGUGAAUGAAGAACGAAAACAAAAAUUAUUGAUACAGAAAGGAAGAAUUAUUAUCAUAAAAAAUAAUCAUAAUGUAGGUGUGUGAAUCAAAUAAAUUCUAUUCCAUUUCAACGUCA